AUGUAUAGCGAUGAAGAGGUGGAAAGAAUUAGUCGGGAAUCAAAUCCGGAACCCGUACGAUGGGUCAAAUCAGACGAGAUCAAAGUCAGCAUCGUGGAGGACAACUCUAUUGUACGCUUACAGUGCAAAGCAGUGGGUUUCCCAUGUCCGGUCUAUCAAUGGUACAGGAAUAAGGAACUUUUGGAAGGCGUCACUAGUAAUACAGUUGAUGUUGUGAGAUGCAAAUGCUCAUCGGAUUUUACAUUUUUUUGCGUAGUGACGAAUGAAAUUGAGGAUGGUCAUGUAUAUUCGGAGUUUUACCGAAAACCUGGAAAGGAGUACUCCUCCCGUAUCGUCUCACAAACCGUAUCAUUGGCUUCUUUUGUCGGAGAAGAAUACAGAUGUGAUGGCUGUCGGUCUGGUAAUCUAGAAAAUUUACGAGAAAUAAUGGCGAGCAUGAAUAUCACAACUGAGGAGAAAGCUCCGAUCAUUCCAGUUUCUGCUUACGACAAUGAGCAGCUGGUUGCUUCGGACAAAGACCUCAAAUACAAAACUGUCACAUUAGCGGAUCUCACGUUGGCCGAAAUGAAAUUUGUGCUUAAAGAAUACAAGAAACUCUUAGGAAAUGGAGUUUAUGCGGUUUUUUAUUUUGUUGGCCACGGCUUUGAAGUGAACGGACAGUGCUACCUCUUACCAGUAGAGGCUCCCUCAGAGGCACACAGACCAGAACAUUGUCUCUCUAUGGAUUUCGUUCUAAACGAGCUGAGUGAUCACAAUCCUGCGCUAAACCUGUUGUUGCUCGAUGUCUGCAGGAAAUUCAUCCCGUACGUUGCAGAUAAAACAAUCAAGGGCGAAAUGAAUGGAGUUUUCAUGAAAUACCUCAAAGCCCAUCUGAAUCAGCAAGUUUCUGUUAUAAAAAUGAUCAAUGACACCCUACGA